UCCGUGUGCGUGCCUCUCAGGGCAUCAUGCCGCGCGAGAAUGGGGUGACGCCAGAUGGCGAGGAUAAGGAAUCCAAGGUUUUCAGGAGGAAACUCCGCGGGAAGAUGCGCAACCUGCACAAGACCCUGCACGAAUCGAAGGAUGAAAUCAUCGACCUCACCGGGCCCGUGAGUAAGCUUGGAGAAGUCAUCGAGAUCCUCGAGGACAUCCACGAGGAUGUCGUCAAACCCCGCGAGCAGCUCUUGGAUGCCGAGGUCAUGGCCACCGCCGCGGACUUGGGCGUGGAGAUGGCCAAGAAGAUGGGCGGUCUGGGAGCGAUCACGCCGGCGCAGUUCAUGGCCCGCCUGUGCAAGCAGUUUGUCGUGGGCGUCGACCCGGAUGCCCAGGCGGAGCGCGACGAGGGAGCGUUCAACUGGACCUUAUUCGGAUCAUCCGUGGGGAAGCACUUCCACGACGCGCCCACCAUGGCGUUCAUGAAUGGAGCGAUGGACACGCAGAUCAAGGAGCGCAGGGUCGCGCAGCGCAUCAGACGUGAUCCUGUCGGUCCCGCUGUCGCACCCGACAGCGUGGCCGACACGAAGGCGGACCAGCAGACGGACCAGGCGAUGAAGCGGAUGGUUAAGAUUCUGCGAAACAAGAAGCACCAGAACGAGACGCUCACCGUGGAGCAGCUCUCGGCCAACCCCAAGAGCUUCUCGCAGUUCAUCGAGAACAUCUUCACGCUCUCGUUUCUGGUGAAGGACGGUGAGGCGGGACUCACGCCGCCGCCCGAGGGUCUCGACGGCCCGAACGUGGAGAAGUGCCCGCAGGUGAGGAAGAUGAAGAAGCCCGAGGAGCAGCACAUGGAUCGCAGCACGUUUGUCCUGCACCUCGACAUGGAGGGGUGGAGGAGGCUGUGCGAGGCGAACGAUCGAAUGGAGGGUGCCAUCCCGCACAGGGAGGAGGUGACGGAGAUGGAUCUGACGGAAGGUAACGGGAUCGGCGGGCCGGGGGCGGCGGCCAGGGCUGAGGACGGGGAGGAGGUGGAGUCACCCGGGGGUGCCGAGAACCCAAAGGGCAAGGCGAAGCCCCGGGGGCGCGGAUUGACCCGCCCGCGCGAUUCCACCAACUCGGAGGAGCGGGCGGCCGCGCUGCGCAGGAAGGUGGCGGUGUGA